AUGUACUUACAGGAAUUAAAUCACUUCCAAGGCCACAAGUCAGCUGUGGGACUGAUCCAAUUCCGGGGAUUUGCAACCUUAAAGAUGGCGGGUGUCUACGUCGUUCCAGGUCGCCGCUCGCUGCACUUCCCUCGCUGCUCUCCCCGCUCGUCCGGCUCCACGUCACUUCUUACGGGCGCCCAUCACCACCGCCCACGCCCGUCACUUACUGCCCACACGGCCGGCCCGUGCCCCACGCCCACGCUGCCCCCCCGUCACCUAUUGCCCUCCCACCCCACGUCCCGUGCCCACCUUUGCACCACGCCCGUCACCUAUUGCCCCCGUCACCCCGUCACCUUUGCCCCACGCCCCGUCACCUAUUGCCCACGCCCACGUCACCUAUUGCCCCCGUCGCCCACGCCCGUCACCUACGCCCGUCACCUUUUGCGCACGCCCACGCCCGUCACCUACUGCCCCCGCCCACGCCCAUCACCUAUCCGCCAUUUCCCCGCCCUUCAGCUGCCAUCUCCGUUCAUCAUUUAUCAUCCCAGCUCAUCAUUUAUCAAGCCCGCUCACGAUCUGCAAUCUCCGCCCAUCACCUACAACCCCCGCCCACAACCCAUACCAUCCCCGGCCACUACCUACCAUCCCACCCCAUCACCUACAACCCCCGCCCAGAACCCAUACCAUCCCCGACCACCGCCUACAACCCCCGCCCAUAACCUGCACCAUCCCCGCCCACAACCCAUACCAUCCCCGCCCACCACCUACCGCGGCCUACCCAAGAACCGGACCUCACUAUGA